AAGAUCCCACUAAUCCAACCAAUCACAAUCGACCAUCAUGACAGCCUACCCUAACAUCAUAACAGUCUACGCUAACUACCAUGUACCUCACCUUCAAAAUUUGCUUAACUGACCAAAAACCAAAACCUAAACCCCAAAACCCCCCCCAAAAACUAGAGAUUCCAAGCAAAACAAAGAACACCCACUUCUCAAUUAGAUCCAUUCUUCUAUAAAACCCAUUACCAGCUAUACAUUAUUGUAUAUACAAUACCCCAUUAUUAACUCCUUUUAUUGAUUAUAUACACAAAAAAUCUUAUGUUUUGAUGGUUUUUUCGUUAAUUCAAUCAUUACUUUACAGUUUAUUAUAGUAUUUAUUCUAUUUUGCUGUACUGGGCAUUGAAAAUUAAGUGUUUUGAUCCCUUUCAUUAAGAUACUGGCAAUAGGAGUCUAUCUGUUUGAUGAAAGUCCUGAAUGAAAAAUUCUACAUUUCAAGAAUUUGAGUUUGUGGGUCGAACAGGAUAUGAAGAUAUAGUCAAGAUGGUGCAUUGAUUGUAUACAUGGGCAUCAGAAAUUUUGUGACUUUAUUGAAGCUGAUUUAUGGGUAUGUUGCAUUUUGUCGAAGAGCUUAGAAUAUGCUCUCUCUGCGUCCAAUUCGCAGAUUUUGUCACUCUGCUGCCGUUAUCGCGCCAACUGAUAGUCCUACAGCUGUGAAGAAUUAUAUUCCGAAUCAAAAACCUUUGGAAGAACCUGCCCUUGUGAAGUUGAAAGCUGAGCGAGACCCGGAAAAGCUGUUUAACCUUUUCAAAGCGAAUGCUCGGAAUAGGCUUGUCGUUGAGAAUAGAUUUGCGUUUGAAGACACUGUUUCUCGUUUAGCAGGUGCUCGCCGGUUUGAUUACAUUGAGCAUUUGCUUGAGCAUCAAAAGACUCUUCCGCAAGGUAGGCGCGAAGGGUUUGUUAUUAGGAUUAUAAUGUUGUAUGGUAAGGCAGGGAUGACUAAGCAUGCUAUAGAUACAUUUCAGGAUAUGCAUUUGUAUGGGUGUAAGAGAAGUGUUAAAUCUUUUAAUGCUGCACUUAAGGUUUUGACAGAAACCCGUGAUCUAGGAGCAAUUGAGGCGUUUCUUAGUGAGGUACCCGAGAAGUUUGACAUUGUAUUGGAUAUUUUUUCAGUUAACAUAAUUAUUAAGUCUUUUUGUGAAAUGGGUAUUUUGGAUAAAGCAUACUUGAUUAUGGUAAAGAUGGAAAAGUUUGGUAUAAGACCUGAUGUCAUUACAUACACAACUCUUAUAUCUGCAUUUUAUAAGUGCAACCGUGGGGAGAUUGGUAAUGGUUUGUGGAAUCAUAUGGUGCUCAAAGGGUGCCCACCCAAUCUUGCAACGUUUAAUGUUAGGAUUCAGUAUCUAGUUAACGUCAGACAAUCAUGGAAAGCUAAUGAAGUGAUGCUUUUGAUGCAGAAAAUUGGAAUCACACCGGAUGAGGUCACAUACAAUUUGGUUAUCAAAGGGUUUUGUCAAGCUGGGUAUCUUGAUAUGGCCAAAAGGGUAUACUCUGCUUUACACGGCAAAGGAUAUAAGCCGAAUGUUAAAAUAUACCAAACCAUGAUUCAUUAUUUGUGCAAGGGUGGGGAAUUUGAUUUGGCAUAUACAAUGUGUAAAGACUGCAUGAAGAAGAACUGGUUUUUGAAUGUGGAUACCAUCUAUACGCUGGUUGAAGGACUAAAAAAGAAAGGACAGCUAAAUAAGGCUAAGUCGAUUGUGGCCGUAGCUCAAAGAAGAGUGCCUCCUUUUUCUUCAAAACAAUUGAGUUGCUUUGAUUCCAUAUUGUCUGGGAGUUGAUUCAUUAAUGGAACGACUUUGAUGAGUUAUGUUUUUGUAAUCAGCAGCUAACAGGAAUAGCUAUUCUUUUCAUACAACUUUGGUAGUUUUGCUGAACUAAUUGGCACUGAGUUUUUGUAUCAGACCAAGGGAAGAUUCCAUUUUUUCAAUUAAUUUGUUGUACCAACUCAAUAAAGUUUGUGAUGGAAUGUGACAUCCAGUAUACCAUGACAGGAUUCUUUGUUAUUGAUGGAGAGUCUGAAGGCCCAGAGAAAGCAAUCAAUAAUCUUCUUGAUGUAUGGUGCUUAGCUGCUGCUAAUAUUGGACAGAAGUCUCAAACCAAUGUUGGUGGAGCCAAAAUAAAAGCUCGUCAAAGAACAGCCUCAAAUAAAAGGCGGCAUUGUUUACGUAAGGGCUGGAGCAAACAGGAUUCAGGUUGUGGCUUAGCAGCUGAAAUAUAGUUAAAGUGAAGCUCUCAGUAUUGCAGAAUCACAAGAGCUUAAGAAGAGUAAGAGUUGAAUCAGACAAAAAGUUGAAUCAAGUGAAGGUGAUCUAGUGAGCUUACUAAAUGACUCCAACUUAGCUUGUGGAGGGAAAAUAUGUUUUUAACUGUAAUACAGCUAAUUUUGCUGCUAGUGUUUGUAACUGCUAUUGUUUUUGAUUAAAUAAAAUCAAGAGCAAUUACUGAAA